AGAUUGGGACCAAGCCACCCAAACUCAAUGAAAACAUGUUCCAAAUCUCAACACACCCUCUCCAUCUCCGCCGCGCCGGAAUUCUUCGCCGGCGACGCUGGAGCCCCUAACCAACAACAAAACACCUCAUCAAAAGAAACAAGUAUGGAGGAAGGAGUGAAGAGAUGGGUGGUAGACAUAUCAAAGUGGGACCCACUACCCCAUCAAUUCUCCAUCGCCCUCUCCCUCCUUCCUCCCCAACAACACUCCUCCGUUACCAGGUUUUUUAAAACUCAAGACCAAAAACGUGCACUUAUCAGCAGAAUGCUUCAAUACGCACUUCUACACGAUCUCAUCAAAAGCAAUAACCCUUUCUUAUUCACCAUUAAAACUACUUCACAAGGCAAACCAUUCUUGGAUUUACAGGAUUAUGAUAAAUUGGGUAUUACAUUCCCAAAUUUUAAUUUCAAUGUCUCUCAUCAUGGCGACUACGUCGCCAUUGCAUCUGAACCUUUAUGUCUUGUGGGGAUUGACAUUGUCUCCUUUGAUAUACCUCAUGGAGAAACAGUUGCAGACUUCAUUCACUCUUUUGAAUCAUAUUUUUCAUCUUUGGAAUGGGAUAAUAUACUCAAUGCUCCCACUUCCAAUCAUGUAUUAAUUCAAUUUUACAGGUAUUGGAGCCUAAAGGAAGCAUAUGUUAAAGCCAUGGGGAGUGGACUUAUUGAAGGGUUGAACAAAGUGGAGUUUUCUCACACAAACUGGACUAAUAUAUCAGCUACAAUGGAUGGGAAGUUAAUGGAUUUGUGGAGAUUUUGGUUGAUUGAACUUGGUGAACGACACUGUGUGGCGAUUGCGAGAGGUCCUCCAAAAUCAGCUGAUAUUAGUUACAUAUCAACAUUGAAGAAAGUAGACUUUACUGAACACGAAUAUAAUACAGGUCUUCAUCUUCCAAAUGUAGACUUUGUGGAACUAAGUGUAGAACAACUUGUUUCAAUUUUACAGAAAGCAUUUGAUUGUGAGAAUAGAGGUUCAAGUUUGUUAAACUUGGUUGAUUACUUGUGAACUAUCAUGGGCCUACGAUGGUUGGGUUGCAAGUUCAUGAAUGGGACGGUUUACUGCUGCGAAAAACCGGUUAUGAAAUAGUUUCUUGAGCUGGUUUUGAAUGAAAUCGAUGUGAUGUGCAUGAUUCUUGGAAGCGACCCAUGAGGAUGGUGAUGGGCCAGAGUUCCUUCUCAAUUGUUCCAUGUAAAUGCUAAUUGCCAUGAUAAUGGAAUGUAAUAGAUUUUGUAUUGUAAAUGUAAUGCAACUUUGUAUCCAUGUAAUGAAAACUAUUGUAUACAUUUUGGUUAAA